GUCGUCUUCGUCCAUUUCCUUUCCGAUAUUACGGCUAGCACAGCAUAUCCAUCUUGUUCUCCACCCUCUUGGUCCCGUUUCUAGAGGGAAAACGGGCACCAAGAUAAGUCUGGCGAUGGAUCUUCUUUAGCUCGAAGAACGAUAGUCAAUGCCCCAGACGAGCCAAGUGAGGACGUUUUAAGCUCCAGUUCUGCUUCGAAAGGGGUGUCCUCGCGCGGCGGCCUGCAAUUACAUUCAAGUCAUCGAGAAAACCAUCAAAAUGAAAGGUUUGACAUGCUCGCUUGGCUUUGGUCAAGACAAAAAGCGCUUGGGGUCACGGCUCUAUGUCUGUCCGGAGGCGGAUCCCUGGGGAUGAUCCACAUAGGGCUCAUACGAUUCCUCCUUCAGUGCGAAAGGGAUCAAAAGCACGUCUUUGAAUUGGAGCAGGAAUUAAGUUAAGGUUAAAAAGUAGGUGAAGAAUCGUCGUCAGGACUUGUUCUUGUUCGUGGUAGAUUUUUCUGAGAUGUUGAACAUUAUUCAUUAUGUUGAACAAGCACAUCUUCAAAGUCAGUGUUAUUUUCAGGAUUCUGCUACUGAAGUACUGCUACUGAGACUGACUGGUACCAGAACUAGGACAGGCUCAUGAUUUACUAAUGAAUGAUGGCGGGAGAGGCCGAG